UUUCUUUCGAAGAUUCUUUAAGCAUACACCCUUUGCUGCGACCUGAAAUUAUUUUCCCAAUGUUUUGUGUAGUGAAGAGAGAAAAGCCAUGAACUUGUUCACCAUCUCCCAAACUUUCUUCAAAACCCUAACCCUCAUUCUCAUCCAAACGCCACCCCCAAAUUAAAGAUUCCCCCAAAUUGAAAAACCCUAAAAAUAGUCAAAAAAACUAAAUGGAAUCCGCUAGCUAUCUAACCAACAAUAACAGAAGUAACGGAUACAGACCAACCCCUAACGAUUCCGUUACAAACAGUAACACUCCAAUUGUUGAUCGAUUCAAAGCUUUGUUGAAAGAGCGUGAAGAUGAAAUUAGGGCUUCUAACGGCGGGGUUGACAAUGAUGAUGUCAUAGUAUUGGAUACUGAAGAUAUUGUUGAGUUAUAUGAAGCCGUGCUGUCCGAGCUGAUCGUUAACUCGAAACCGAUAAUAACUGAUCUUACUAUCAUUGCUGGCGCCCAAAGACGACACGGUGCUGGUAUUGCUGAUGCUAUUUGUGCCCGGAUUAUUGAGGUUCCCACUGAGCAUAAACUUCCCUCUUUAUAUCUUCUAGACAGUAUUGUCAAAAAUAUUGGUUCAGAUUACGUGAGGCACUUUUCUGCCCGUUUGCCUGAGGUUUACUGUGCGGCUUACAGGCAAGUCCCCCCAAGUCACCAUUCUUCCAUGCGCCAUCUUUUUGGUACCUGGUCGACUGUAUUUCCAUCAUCUGUUCUUCGUAAGAUUGAAGUUCAAUUACAAUUUUCUCCUUCAAGUUAUCAAACUUCUGGCUUAAGAGAUUCCGAAUCUCCUAGACCAGCUCAUGGUAUACAUGUCAAUCCAAAGUACUUGGAGGCAAGACGUCAACUUGAAAGCUCAACUGGAGAUAGUAAAAUUCAACAUGCACGGGCGAUUUCAACUCCAAAGAUUCUUGAACAGACUCUCAUUGGAUUUGAUGAAUACGAAUCUGAGGCACCGGGUUCAACUAGUUAUGUGGGCCGUACUUCUUUCGGGUCUGGUCAUGCACGACCUUCAUCACCCGCACUUGAAGAUUUUUCUAUUGUUGAUUCUCCUAGAAGGGUUGUCGAAGCAGCAUCACCAUCUCACCAUGGAUAUGGUUAUGGACCCGGUGGUGUGACUGCUGUCGAUAAUGAUGCACGUGACUGGCGGAGAUUGCCUGUUGCAGGUAAUGGAUUUGAUAUUCAGAGACCUAGAGCUUUAAUUAAUGCAUAUGGAACUGAUGAGAGAAAUAAUACGGCAAGCCAGAAGUCUCAACAUGGGAAAAAUUUAACUAUGAAUGGGUUAGGCAGCAAGGUUGGUCGACAGACAUGGCAAAAUGCUGAAGAAGAAGAAUUUGAGUGGGAAAAUAUGAGCCCUACUUUGGUAGAUCGUGGUCGUGGUUCUGAUCCAUUUUCUUCAGCUAUCUUGCUACCUGGAAGCUCUAUAACAGGUCAUCCUCUUCAAGCUAAUCGGUCUAUGAGUGCGAAGACUGAUUUUGGUAGAGUCGAUUGGUCUAAUCUGGAGCCGCUUCCUUCGGUUGCCCCUAACAAUGCACUUACGUUGGUUAGUUCUGAUCGUGGAUUAAAGAGGAAGAUGACUGGAUUUCAAAAUGAGCCUUUAGACAACCCAGUUUCUCAUUAUCCUCAAGAUACAUUAAAUCAUUCUCAACAUUAUUACAAUCCUCGUGGGCAAAGACCUCCUCUUGUGGAUAGCUAUUCAGGUGCCAAUCCACAAUAUCACUCAUCUUCGGUAUCAAAAGUAUCCUGGCGCCCCCCACUAAGUAUACAAAAAUCUCAACCAGUUCCAGUUCUGCCUUCUCAGCCUUUUCAGAAACAUAUCAGGAUUCAAUAUGACAUGUUGAAUGCUAAUAGUUCAACAAUAAAUGACAAUGCAUUGUUUUCGCAUCAGCAGCAGUUUGAAACGGGUGAUAGGAGAGAAUCAAGUCAACUACCUCAACUUUCCAAUCAGCAAAUCCUAGGGCAGAACACUAGACUUCCGACACAAUUAUCGCUGUCUCAAGAGAUUCGACCAAAUAUGGUACCACCUACUUUAGGUUAUAAUGCAACACGACCUAUGCAUCGUGGGUAUGCUCCUCAAAGAUUUGAUGCCCCUGGAGGUACUCCUGGAAUGCAAUCAUCCAUGCCUUUUCAUUUACAUGGUGUAGGUUUACCGCCUUUGCCUCCUGGCCCACCUCCAAUUCCUCAACAUCCUCUACCAAUUGCCCCAACGCAUCCAGGUGAGAGUGGGCUUUCUAGUCUAUUAGGUUCUCUUGUAGCGCAAGGCCUGCUCUCAAUGAAUAAACCAGCUCUUGAACAAGACUCGGUUGGACUUGAGUUUGAUCCUGAUGUUCUUAAGGCACGCCAUGAAUCUGCUAUAAAUGCUUUAUAUGUUGAUCUGCCCAGACAAUGCAAAACAUGCGGUCUUCGUUUUAAAUUGCAAGAAGAACACAGUAACCAUAUGGACUGGCACGUCACAAAGAACCGGGUAUCAAAAAAUCGUAAGCAAAAGCCCUCCCAGAAGUGGUUUGCUAAAGUUAGUGUCUGGCUUAGUAGUGCAGAGGCGUUGGGAACUGAUCCAGUUCCUGGAUUUCUUCUUCCUGCUGAGAAUGUCGUGGAACAGAUGGGUGAUGAAGAUAUGGCUGUUCCUGCUGAUGAGGAUCAGAAUGUUUGUGCACUGUGUGGAGAGCCUUUUGAUGAUUUUUACAGUGAUGAGACAGAAGAAUGGAUGUAUAGGGGUGCUGUGUACAUGAAUGCUCCAAAUGGAGCAACCAUUAGCAUGGAUAGAUCUCAACUAGGUCCUAUUGUUCAUGCUAAAUGCAGAUCUGAGUCUUCUGUGGCUCCCGUCGAUGAUUCUGGCAACAAUGGACAGGUUCUGACCGGAGAGCGGCUGCAUAGUUAGCUAUAAGUUCACCCAUUUAGGAUCCGUUAUUGUAACUUAGAAAUGAGUUUCUUCAUGUUGGAUCUUCUUACACCUGCUUAAAUGUAUGCAGUGACAGAGUCUUUGUACAUGUAUAGAUGGAUAAAGUGAAUUACCCUUCACAUACUCAUGCAUCAAAUGAGCAAGUUACCCUUUUCGAGAGUUGCUAUU